AUGCAGGGCCCUCUGCCUCUGCGGCCUUGGCAAGUGUGGUUUAAAUGGCAUUUUUUUCCCCUUGAAAUAGAACACGUGGGAUCCCAAGUGUCGGUCCAGGUCUUGCCCAAGCAGCCAAAGCAGGGGCCAUUAAAACUGGGCAGAAGCCUCCAGAAGGGGGAGAAGCCCGGGGUCAGCUCGGAGACCGCGCCCACCCAGAAGAGAACCGAGUCCAGCGUGUCCCUGAAGUCCGAGACCGCAGGCAAGUUGACAAAGCCAGCAGCCAAGGGCAAACCAAGACCCCGACCUGGAGACCUGAUUGAGAUUUUUCGAAUUGGCUAUGAGCACUGGGCCAUCUAUGUGGAAGAUGAUCGCGUGGUCCACCUGGCCCCCCCGAGUGAGGACCUGGAGGCGGGCAGCAUCACCUCCAUCUUCAGCAACCGGGCUGUGGUGAAGUACAGCCGUCUGCAGGACGUGCUGCAGGGCUGCUCCUGGAAGAUCAACAACAAGCUGGACGGGACAUACCUGCCCCUGCCCGUGGACAAGAUCAUCCAGCGCACGAAGCAGAUGGUCAACAAGAUCGUGCAGUACAGCCUGAUCGAUGGCAACUGCGAGCACUUCGUCAACGACCUCCGCUACGGCGUGCCCAGGAGCCAGCAGGUGGAGCAGGCCCUGAUGCAAGGUGUGAAGGCUGCAGGAGCCAUGAUCUCGGCCGUCGUGGAGAGCCUGAGGCCCAGCCCAGCAACUGCCAGAAGCGGCUGAGAACACCAAGUGGAGGAAGAGCUCCCAAGAUCCGCAAGGAGACCAAGCCAUUCCUCCUUUGCUCCCUUGUCUCCCUUGCUCAGUGGCCCCUAAGAAAACUGUGAGCUUCUGGAAGAACCAAGAAUGUAUCCAAUUACCCCUUUUGAAGCACACCCAAUAUAUGUGAUUAGAUCCACGGACUCUCAGGGUGGGAAGAAUCUAAUGUAUAUCACGCAACCGUUAGGCACCAGGUCCUGUGCGAGGCGUUCCCUGUCCUAACUCGGUCGUUCUCCUCUCUUUGUAGAAAAGGGUCUUACUUGUUUCUGAGGCUGAACCUAAUCUGUGACACUUGAAUACCAUCUGGUAUAUCCUGGAAACCUCUGCUGGAAUGUUCCCAGUAAUGAAGAACUCUUUUCUGAAGCUCUUUCUUUGAACGAAAAUGCCUUUAGCUUUUCUGGAUUGCCCUAGUCCUGCCCUCACUGACCCGCAGGGCAGCUCAAAGGAGGAGGAGUCUAAAAAAACCUCUAGCUCACCACUCAGGGCCAACGGUGCCUCCUCUGGGAACACCUUUCCUUUUGAAAUUAUACACCAGCUUUAUCCGUCAUUGUUUAAAACCCUCAAUUUAAAGAAGAAUCAGUUACACCAUUUAUCUUGCUUUUCUACCUUAAAAGUGCCAGAAAAUUUGAAAUUGCUAUUUUCAUUGAUUUCAAGUGCAUAUUUAGAAUAACUUAAUCAAUGGACUUCUACCGUGUGAGUGGGGGAAAGUAGAGAGUGACUUCUGUGUUUGGAAGAACGUUGACAGGAUGGAAGGUUUAAAUUAAGAUGGCGGAUUGUCAGUGCCAGUUGGGAGCUGAGACCACCCACAAAGGCCAGGGGCGGGCUCUGGGAACACCCAGCAGACGGGCAGGAUGUGGGGAAGAGAAGGCGGAGCCGUGGGAUCUGUGAGGCUCUCCCGUGAGCCUUUCUCCCCGUUGGAGAAAAUAGACCUGCAACGAAACUCUUCCAUUUCUUCCCCUCCAUUCUUUUCUUAGCAAUCCACCUUGACCGGCUCCUCCUAGACCUCAGACACUGGAGUCUGGGUGUGUCUGGAACUGUCUUCCGUUUGCCCUUUCCCCCAGCAGAGCCGCCUCUCUGUCUCUGCUCAGCUCUGGUGCUGGUAGUUGGAGCACACCCUGGUCUGUGAGAAUCUUCACCAGGACACGCCGCUGACCCCAGUUCCCAGUCACCUCCUCCCCACCUACCAGGGAUGAGUCCAGGUCCCCACGCCUCCCCCUGCGGUCUCCUGACUCAUUACACAGCCUAGGGUGAGACUUCCUCCGAAACAGCCCCAUGUACCAAGAAUUUACACUCUAUAAAGCACAUUCCUUUCAGCUUUGAACUAAUUCACUCAUGUAUUAGUGAACCUCUUGGUCAGAACCCGACUUUGAACUCACAGGCCAUAUUCAUGAUUAAUCACACAAACAGGAUGCCAUUGAUUUAACAAACCACUACCCCACACCAAGGAGUGUUCGGUGACUUCUUGCCAAGGGACUCAUCCGUGUCCUGCUUGUGUUUAGGACAGAAAGAUACUUCUCUGGCUUCUUUCCGGUUUGGACAGAGACCCUGAGGAGCAUAUAAGGACGGAUGCUUACUCCUUCAUCCAACAAACAUUUCUGAGUGUCUACCAGAUGCCAGCCUUGGCUCCCCCACCUUUGCCUGAACCCACAAGCAGGGUCAGGGAUGGCAGGAAGCAGUUCUGAGUCCGCUGGGAGGGGGUGAGGAGCAUGGGGCAGACAGCGGCCUCUCCCUGCUUCCAAGCUCUCCCUAAAGCCGCCUACUUGGCAGAUGAGGAGCGGAGAGGCAUCAAAAACCUGCGGCAGUUUCUGCAUUCUAGGGCAAAAACAGGUGUCUCUGCUUUAAGUGGGACCACUCGGGUGAGCCUUUUUUAGUCUCGUCUAUAUAAGGCACAGCCCCACUAGUGGGGGUGGAGGUUAUAGAUGGGAAGGCAAAGUAAUCGGAAUGCAAAUGUUUCUGAGAUGUUAACUACUGGUCUCUUGUUUGUGUGCUUCUUUUUUAGAGUUUAUUCCUUUUCACUUCGGGGGUGGUGGGCUAGUGGGGACAAUGGUGGUAUUGGCAUGUCACCGGGACAGCCAGGGAACUGAACGUGCCACGUUCCUCAGUGGUAGGGAGGCCCAGUAUUGGCGACACAUGAGCCAGCAGGUGCCACACUCGAUCCGGAUGUUUUGCUUAGU